AAAUUCAAUAACUUGCAGCAUCAAAUCAUACACUGAGUGAAGAGAAAUGGGUAAGCUACGCCUACAGUUGUGCCUCUUUAUCAUCUUAUUCCUCCUUGUUUCUACAGAGAUGCAAGCGACCGAAGCAAACCUUUGCCGAAGGCGAAGCAAAACAUGGUCAGGGCAUUGCGGAAGCACCAGUAACUGUGACCGUCAAUGCAAGAAUUGGGAGGGCGCUGCGCAUGGAGCUUGCCAUUACGAGUUCCCCGGAGUUAAAUGCUUCUGUUACUUCAACUGCACCUAGAUCUCUGCUAUGCUUUCGAUAUCAACUUCAGUAGCCACGCUCUGUAAUAUGCUAAAUAAGCCUGCCAUCAAUGGCACUUUAGUCAACACUCUGCUAAACAUGUUGGCAUCACAAUAAUAUUGUGCAUAUGGAUUUGAUUAAAAAAAAUCAACUUAUUAUAUAUAAA